CUACAAUGUCUGUUGUGAGGCCGUCUGUUUCGAACGAGCAAAGCUGAUAAACGAGUCGCUGAACACGAGCGUCGAGCCUUGUGACGAUUUCUACUCGUACGCCUGCGGCGGGUGGAUUGACAAGCACGAAAUACCAGACGACAAGUCGAGUACCGGGAACUUUUACCUGCUGCGGGAUGAACUGCAAGUCACUCUGAAAAAUAUAUUCGGAAACAUGACGCUCGUAGAGCAGAACCAAAAUAUAACGGACAAGCUUGCUGCUGCCUACAAUGCCUGUGUCGAAGUUCCGGCAAAAGAAGAUCAACUUAAAGUUCUGUCCAAAAUAAUGAAUCAUUCAGGAUUUGGUCAGUGGCCUAUAGAUCCUGCAGACAAAAAUAUAUCUACCGUUAUAGGAAACUGUACUGACGUGCUUAAUACCAUCCCUAUCUAUACCUUGCUGCCAUUCUACGUUGAGAGAGAUGUCCAGAACCUCACGUCUUACGUGGUUCAGAUAGACCAGUUAUAUUUUGAAACGGUGGGUAGGAAUCAGCUAAUUCAUCCCAAUUCAACAGAAAAUGAGCCGAUAAUAACGGCUUACAAAAAGGUUGUAAAGACGGCGCUGGAACUCAUGAAGCCAAAUUUCACCGAAACGGAACUAUCUGGGCUCGCUGACACGCUCGUAGAUUUUGAAGGACAGUUGGCCAACAUUCCACUGCUGAAUAUGCUGAAUAAACAGUUUUCUAAGGUGAACAUUACGUUAAGAGAAGAAGAAACAGUAGAACUCUACGCUAAGGAGUACUACAGUAAAUUAGACGAAUUCCUCAAAUGCGCUGACUGCAACACUCUAUUCAACUUCGCUGGAUUGCGAGAGAUUCUCAGUUGGGCUGCGCGUGCCUCGGGCAGUUUCCGCAAUGCUUCAUUCGAGCUGGACAAAGCGUCUUCAGGAGUCCAAGUCGAGAAGGCCAGAUGGAAAACGUGUGUCGACACAAUGAACCAAAUGAUGCAAGAGAUCGUCGGCUACCUCUACGUCCUGGAAAAUUUCCGCCAGGAAGCUAAGCUAGAGGUGGAAGACCUUGUCAGCAGGCUCAUGACCACGUUCAACGAAACAAUUCAAAAGAACGACUGGAUGGACAAUCAAACUCGAUCUGCUGCACAAGACAAGUUGGCGAAAAUGGAUUCGAAAAUCGGAUACCCCGACUGGCAACUCAACGUAACAUAUCUUGAGCAGCUUUACAAAGAGGUACCAAACCUGAAUCUGAGCAGUUCCUUCUUGGACAUGUCUUAUUACAUUGAGGAAAACAACGAUAUGCGAAAACUGCUCAAGUUACGACAGCCAUAUGUCAAGAGAGAUGUGUAA